GUGUGUUACCCGUUUAAUAGCCCAAGUACGCUAAUAAAACUACAAAAAAGGCAUGUAAAGUUCUGUACCUCUUAAUCUCUCCAAAAAUGGCGAUUUUUUGGUAAACAAGGAAGUGAAUUAUAGUUAAAUAAAAAUUAAAUUUAUGUGCGUCUUUAAUUCAGAAAACAUUCUGUUUUCUGUCAAUAACUUUGAUGAAUAACAAUACUAUUUCAAACGUGACUACUUGUGUAAUUUGCACCACUUCAACAAUAAAACCUUUUUUUAGGUGACGUGACCCAACGCAAAAGGUGAAAGUUCAGCUUGCACGUCAAGAUAGGGUGUCAUAACUAUAGGGUACCCUAACUCUAGUUUAUAUGAUAGCGGUAGAGUAAUGGAAGGGUUAUUUAUAAAAUAAGAGUAAGAGUAGCAGCACUAAUCUGUUAUACGUAAGUUUGUGAAAAGCGAAAUUAAAGUAUUAAAAAGAAAUGAAAGUUGACAUGGUUUGUCAACACCGGAAUAAACUAGAAAGUUGUAAUUAAAUGAGGUUUUCAAAAAAAGCUUUAUAAAUGCUGUGUGUACAAUUUGUUCUUGGGUUCAUAUUGCAGAACAGAAAGUUGAUAAGAAAUGAGGUUGUGAGACACACGACGGUGUCAGUAGUUCACUUUUAAUGCCGUUCAUCCAAUAGAAUACACUACCUGCUUGCUAUACGAUGGUUAUUCGACUUUUACUACAUAAUUGCAGUUGUACUCUGCGCCGAGCUGGUAAACUUGUUGUUUCAGCUAGUAAUCACAGGAGUUCUCAAUCUAGCAGGGUAUUUUCAAAUGCUCAGGCUCAGCACCCUUGUCACCUGAAACAGUCUGGUUGCUCUGUAAUCGAUGGUCCUUUUCGGUCUACAGACUUUUUGUUAAAGAAUAUAUUGAACCAACCUGCUUCUCCAUUGCUGAAUGGGAUCAGUAGAAAAUUAAGGAGAUACAUAACUCAGGAUCCAGUCUCACUAUGGAGGCUUUUGGGCAGCGUUUACUAUUUUAGCAGCUCAGAGUCCCGUCAGGAUAAGAACAAAGAUGAAGCUACCAAGGGAAAAUCUCCACAGGAUGAGGAAGAGGAGAAGAAGAGGAAGGAGCGUGAAGAUCAGAUGUACCGGGAACGUCUUCGGACAUUAUUUAUAAUUGCAGUAAUAAUGAGCUUGCUGAACUCCAUCAACACUAGUGGUGGCAACAUUUCCUGGAAUGAUUUUGUGAAUGAAAUGCUGGCCAAAGGAGAAGUUUCACGAGUUCAAGUGGUGCCUGAAAGUGACAUUGUGGAAAUUUAUCUGCACCCUGGAGCUGUUGUGUUUGGGAGACCCGUGAGUAUGUGCCUUCACCGACAUAAGCAGAAAGGUUUGCAUCAUAUUAAUGCCCUGUAUGCAUUGGGGAUGGCAGCAGUAGGAGUUGGCAUCCUGUGGUACAUUUUUCGCUUGGCUGGGAUGGCUGGAAGAGAUGGCGGGUUCAGUGCUUUUAAUCAGCUUAAAAUGGCUCGUUUCACCAUUGUGGAUGGCAGAUCAGGGAAAGGUAUCAGUUUCAAGGAUGUAGCUGGAAUGCAUGAAGCCAAAGUAGAAGUAAAAGAAUUUGUCGAUUACUUAGGUCUUGGUGCUGCUCGUGUGCGAAGCUUAUUUAAGGAAGCACGGGCUCGAGCUCCUUGUAUUGUUUAUAUUGAUGAAAUUGAUGCUGUGGGGAAGAAACGCUCCACAAAUAUGGCAGGUUUCAGUAACACAGAAGAAGAACAAACAUUGAACCAGCUGCUUGUGGAAAUGGAUGGGAUGGGAACAACUGAUCAUGUCAUAGUACUGGCUUCAACAAACCGUGCAGACAUCCUGGACAAUGCACUUAUGAGACCAGGACGAUUAGACAGACACAUCUUUAUUGAUCUUCCAACACUGCAGGAGAGGAAAGAAAUUUUUGAGCAGCAUUUGAAAAGCCUGAAACUGACCCAACCUGCGGCUGAAUAUUCACAGCGAUUGGCAGAACUUACACCAGGCUUCAGUGGAGCAGAUAUCGCAAACAUCUGCAAUGAAGCUGCUUUACAUGCCGCCAGAGAAGGACACAGAUCAAUUGGGAGCUUCAACUUUGAAUAUGCUGUGGAACGAGUCAUUGCAGGUACAGUAAAAAAGAGCAAAAUCCUGUCAAAGGAAGAACAGAGGGUUGUGGCAUUUCAUGAGUCAGGGCACGCUUUGGUUGGUUGGCUGCUAAAGCAUACAGAAGCUGUCAUGAAGGUAUCCAUAGCUCCAAGAACAAAUGCUGCACUUGGCUUUGCACAGAUCCUUCCAAGAGAACAGUUUCUGUUUACCAAAGAGCAGCUGUUUGAGAGGAUGUGUAUGGCACUUGGAGGGCGUGUGGCUGAAGCAGUCACAUUUAACAAGGUCACUACAGGUGCCCAGGAUGAUCUACGGAAGGUAACAAAAGUUGCUUACUCCAUGGUAAAACAAUACGGCAUGGUGCCCAGUAUAGGACACCUCUCUUUCCCAGAGUCUGAAGAGAGACCAGUGUUUGGACGCAGACCCUUUAGCCACGGACUGCAAGAAAUGAUGGAUCAUGAGGCAAAGUUACUUGUUGCUCAGGCUUACAGACACACUGAGAAACUUCUGCUGGACAACAGGGAUAAGUUGAUUGCCCUGGCAAAUACUUUAUUGGAAAGAGAAGUGAUAAACUAUGAUGACAUAGAAGCACUUAUUGGACCUCCUCCUCAUGGACCAAAGAAAACCAUCAGCCAUCAGAACUGGAUUGAGGCAGAAAGAGAUAAACAGGAUGUAGGAGAGGAGGAGUCCCAUCCCACCAACCCUCCAAAGGGUAACAGAGAAGAUGGGCAGGAAGCAUACCUGCAUCCAGUUUGAAUGAAACUCUAGAACAUAACCUCAUAUAGUUAUGUACCGAGAUGUAAUAAAACUUCUGCAGCCACUGGGCUUACGAAAAAAGGGGUGCUACCUGUAUUCACUUUACUUUUCAGAUCUGUUUGGUAUUGGAAGUAAUCUUUUGGCAUUCUGUUGCCAUUAUUGAAAGUGUCUGCACUGCUGGAUAUCCUUUUGUGUGUGUGUGUCUCAAUUUGGGCCAUGCCUGAAUGUUAAGGUGUAAUGAACAAUCUUGAAAGAAACAGCAAUAUGUUGUUCUUUUCAACUGGUGACUUCAUUUGGUCUGAAAAAAGAUGCUUGAACCAAUUUUGGUAAUCGCUACAAACACUGUUAACAAAAUAUGUACAGCAGCCAAGGUAAAAUAAUCUUUGACUGUUUCACUCAGAUGGGAACUUUCAUAGAACUACCCCCCACACACUAGAUGGCACUCCCAGUAGCCCAGCUUGCAUCAAUUGUCUUCAGAUACAUAUUUUUCUCUGUGGUUGUUUCAUGUCCCUUGUUGAUAUUAAAGGAUGCCCAUAAAUGAUCAGGAUGGAUCCUUACAUUCUCAGUACUUUUCCCCUCACUGCCAUUGGAACUAGCUGUAAGUUGUGUCAGCUUAAGGAUUGUUUCAUACUAGGGUGCACAACAGCUAUCAGAAGUACAUAAGCUGCUCUGCCUCCACCAUGACAUGUUCCCACAACAAGUCUUGCACUACUGUUAUGUCACUGUUUUAUCAGGCAACAGACUGCAUACUGCUGCUUAUAUGUAUUGCAGUAGAGCAUGAUUUUCAGUGCUGACUUAGAGACAUUGUAGUCUUUAGUGUCAGCAGAGAGUACUGGUCAAAUGUUAAUGAUUAUAGCACCAUGGAUCCUCACUCACCUUUCCUAAGAACUUUAGAGCUAGUCAUUGUCUCCUCUCAUCAUCCUUCCUUUUUACCUUCAGCUUAGUUAACUAAGGUCACUGGUGGAAUUGUCAUAUGUCACAUGGAUGACAGUCAGAUAAUAAAUUUAAUGUACAUUUCACGUGUGCACAUAAAGUUAUACAGGUGUACUGAUGAAGUUUGUGUACACUACUGUCUAUAACACUUGAGUUUUGAGGUGUGUUUCGUAUCUGCUUUCUAUGUGCUACUGUCAGGGUAACCUCCAUCUUCUGGAAAUGGAGGUAAAGUCUUGCUACAUAAAUCUGUAAGCACAGCAGAACCAAUUUUACUAAAUAAAUAUUUUUAAAAUAAA